CGUGCGAUUGCCUUUUUCCCUCGGCCGAACAGCCCCCGGACUCGGCUAUUCUUUCUCCCAGCGAGCGUGCUCUCUCUCUCUCUCUCUCUCUCUCUGCCCGACGAAUCCCGACGAAUAGGCUGCCGCCGCCCGCCGCCACCGCCGCCGCCCGCCGUGCCCAGGUCUUCGUCGGUCCCUUCUCGGGCAACGAUCACCCAACCAACAGAUGGCUGGGAGGCACACCAUUAUUCUGAUGCAGCCAUCUCAGAAUAGGGCUUCUAGAACAUUUAUGGAUUACAAUUCGGUUAAUCAUGCAUUGGAUGGGAUCUGUGGGCUUUAUGAAAGGAAAAUUAGGGAUAUCAACCCAAUGGUCCCAAACAUAACUUAUGAUAUCAGCGACCUCUAUAACUUCAUUGAUGGCCUAGCUGACAUUAGUGCUCUGGUUUAUGAUCACUCGAUUCAGGCAUUUCUGCCAUACGAUCGACAGUGGAUAAAGCAAAAGUUGUUUCAACACCUGAAGAAACUGGCUCAGCGGUAGCACAACUGUUGUUUGGUCUGAUGUCUUUUAUCCAACAAGCAAGCAUGCGUGGUAAUAGGUGUCCAAUCAGUGGUGUUGGGAGGUGUUUCUUGUAAACUUAUGAUAUGUUACAUGGCAGAUUUGUUCCCUUGUAUUGACUCGGAUUUCAUUGGUGGCUUGCUUGUGGUUGUGGUACCCUAAACUUGUCUUGUUUCGGAUUGAGAAUCAGAUAACCCUUUUGCCUGUUGUAAAAAAAAGUUUAUAGAUAGUUUCUAUCUAUUAUUGUUC